AUGUCCACAGUGUGUCUCUGUGUCCCAACAGCACCUCAAAGUCAACAUGUCACUAACUCCAAAGGUCGGUGGAUUGAAGAUCACGGAGUCAUUCACAACAUGAUGUUUAACACAGAGACACUCCAGAAGUACUCCUUCAAAGACACACAGAAGAAGUCGGAGUGGUGGGACAAUGGUGUGCUCCCUCUCUGGAUCACGGCCCAGAGGCAGGGAAGGAAAACUGCUUCAUUCCACUUUCCAGGGGGAGGAGCAAACUACAGUGGGGAAGCUGUGCAGAGGUCUCUCUUGGAGUCCUUUACCCAUCCUAAUGACAAUGAGACUGAAUGGAGGGAAAACAUUGACAUCAUCAUGAAUUGGUUCACCAAGGAGAAUUUCGAUUUUGUAACCCUUUACUGUGGAGAACCUGACAAUGUUGGGCAUAUGAUAGGCCCUGAGACAGAAAACAGAAGACUUAUAAUCCAGCAAAUUGAUAGGACUAUUGGUUAUCUAGUAGAAGCCAUUGAAAAGAAUGGCUUGAAGGACAACCUCAAUGUCAUCAUUACAUCAGACCAUGGAAUGACCACAGUGAAGAAGCAGCCUAAUGUUACAGAGAUCUUACUGAAAAACUACAUUAAAUUCAGAGAUUUGGUGAAAUUUGAUAUACUGGACUAUGGCGGUUUCGGCAUGAUUCUUCCCAAGCCAGGGAAAGAGGAAGACAUUUACAAUGCAUUAAAAAAUGCACAUCCUCACUUAAAGGUAUAUAAGAAAGAAGAGUUUCCAGAGCAUUUCCAUUUUGCCAAACACCAUCGUAUUCUACCCAUCUUGGUUUAUGGUGAUCCUGGCUACAACAUUAAUGGG